AUGUCCAAACGUGUUCUCGACAGAAUCAGCAGCCUUGCCAUUCCUGCAGGUCUCACAUUUGCUCUUGUUCAAGCAUCCAUUUACGACGUCGAAGGAGGCAAGAGAGCUGUCAUUUUCGAUCGUCUUAGCGGUGUCCAGUCGAAGGUGAUUGGUGAAGGUACUCACUUUGCCAUUCCAUGGUUGCAGAAGCCAAUUAUCUACGACGUGAGAACGAAACCUAAGACUAUUGCUACUACUACGGGUUCUAAGGAUUUGCAGAAUGUGUCAUUGACUCUCAGAGUGUUGCACAGACCAGAGGUGUUGAACCUUCCUAAGAUUUACCAGACUUUGGGUUUGGAUUACGACGAGAGAGUGUUGCCAGCCAUUGGUAACGAGAUUUUGAAGAGUAUUGUGGCUCAAUUUGAUGCUGCUGAGCUUAUUACUCAGAGAGAGGUGGUGAGUGCUAGAAUUCGCCAGGAGCUCUCGAGAAGAGCCAACGAGUUCAACAUCCGUUUGGAGGAUGUGUCCAUCACCCACAUGACUUUCGGUAAGGAGUUCACCAAGGCUGUUGAGCAGAAGCAGAUUGCCCAGCAGGACGCUGAGAGAGCCAAGUUCUUGGUCGACAGAGCCGAACAGGAGAGGAAAGCUUCGGUUAUCAGAGCCGAGGGUGAAGCUGAGGCCGCCGACACAGUUUCCAAGGCAUUGGCCAAGGCUGGUGACGGUCUUUUGAAGAUUAGAAGAUUGGAAGCUUCUAAGGAGAUUGCCCAAACGUUAUCGGGCUCGCCAAGUGUGUCUUACUUGCCUUCUGGCAAGGCCGGCGAGGAGUCUAAGAACAGCUUAUUGUUGAACAUCGCCCGUUAA